GGCGGAGGCAGGCGGGCAGGCAGGGAGGCGGCCUUUGCUCGUUACUGUUUCUCUGGGCGGCACGGCAGGCGGGAGGAAGCCGGGCCGAACGGCCAUUUCAGCAGGAGGAGCGGGAGGACGCGAGGACGACGACGGGGCGGCGGCGCUUCUCUGCCGGAGGAAGGAGCGCGGAUGGCGGGCAACGACCCUCAGAGCGCCAAGGAGCUCUCGCAGUUCGCAGAAAACCUACUGCAACAGUUGCAGGAAAACUUUCAAGCACUGACAGACAAAUUAACUCUAAGAAUGGAUGAAAUGGGUGAACGUAUAGAUGAUCUAGAGAAGCACGUCACUGGACUAAUGGCACAAGCUGGAGUAGAAAACACCAGUGAAGAACUAAUGGUGAGAUUCUGGCUCUGUAAAAUGUUGGGUUUUACAGAGGAAAAGAGGAGGGAUAUAAAUGUAAUAUAAUCAAGGUAUGAUGUUAAUAGUUAUCUGCCUGCUGGGA